UCUUCACACCUUAAUCUUGUAAAGUUUUUAGAGUACGGAAUACAUAAGGGACUAAAAGAAGGUGUGAGAGAGGGAGAGCUACUCACGGAUUUCUACGUCCACUGCCUCGACCUUUGAUUGACAGUAAGAAUACUGUUCAGGAAAAGAAGCGGGAUACAGGCAGAGCGAGGAGAACUAUUCCUGCUUCCCGACCAAGCUGUACCAUGGCGUCCCACAGUAAUCCCGGCAGCGCCUCAAGCCCGAUGGUCAUUUUAGCACCUAAAACAAAGACCAAAAAGAAACAUUUUGUACAACAGAAGGUGAAAGUUCUCCGAGCUAGUGACCCUGUGCUCAGCGUUUUUAUGUGGGGAGUAAAUCACUCGAUAAAUGAUUUAAACCAGGUGCCAGUGCCUGUCAUGCUGCUCCCAGAUGACUUCAAAGCUAACACCAAAAUCAAAGUCAACAACCACCUCUUCAACAAAGAGAAUCUUCCAGGACAUUUUAAAUUCAAGGAAUACUGCCCACAGGUCUUCAGAAACCUUAGGGAACGCUUUGGAAUUGAAGAUCUUGAUUAUCAGGUUUCACUGGCCCGCAGUCCACCUAUUAAAGGAGAGGGGCAGGGGGAGGGGCUUCUUCUGACUUCCUAUGACCGUACAUUGGUCAUCAAGCAGAUUUCAAGUGAGGAUGUGGCAGACAUGCAUAACAUUCUGUCAGAAUAUCACCAGCAUAUAGUCAAGUGUCAUGGCAACACGCUCCUCCCUCAGUUCCUGGGCAUGUAUCGUGUGACUGUGGACAGUGAGGACACCUACCUGAUAGUCAUGAGGAAUGUGUUCAGUCACAGACUGGUCAUUCACAGGAAAUAUGACCUAAAGGGUUCUUUGGUAGCACGUGAAGCAAGUGACAAGGAAAAGGUGAAAGAGUUGCCCACGUACAAGGAUGUGGAUUUCAGGAAUAACAUGCAGAAGGUGUACGUGACAGAGGAGCAGAAAGAGAAGAUCCUAGAGAAGCUUAACAGGGAUGUAGAGUUCCUGGUGAAGCUUAAGAUUAUGGACUACAGCCUCCUGCUGGGUAUCCAUGACGUGGCUCGGGCUGAACGUGAGGAAGAGGAGGUCGAGGAGCCUAACGGCGAAGACGAAGGAGAGCCGGAGAACGGCCUGGCUCCCGCCCCGGCAGUGGGCUCCUACGGCACAUCGCCAGAAGGCAUCGCUGGGUACAUGAACUCCUUCAAACCCCUGGGCCCGGGCGAGUUUGACCCCUACGUGGACGUGUAUGCCGUCAAGAGUGCACCAGGAGCACCACAGAGGGAGGUCUACUUCAUGGGACUUAUCGAUGUGCUGACGCAGUAUGAUACCAAGAAAAAGGCCGCACACGCGGCCAAGACCGUCAAACACGGGGCUGGCGCUGAAAUCUCCACAGUUCACCCAGAACAGUAUGCCAAACGAUUCCGUGAAUUCAUCUCCAACAUAUUUGCAUAGCGGGCUCCUGAACCCCACGGAGUGUAUUCUGCCACGUCCAUUAGCUCUGUUCCCUGCGGCCUCGUUUUGCUUGGGUGUUCUCUUGGAUGUAUUUAAACUUCACAAAAAAUGGACUGAAUAUGUAAGCAUUUGCAUAACAAAAACAUAAACAGGACUUUUAACCGAAGCAAAUUUUUUUGGUGUUAGGUAGUUGUAAUGCAUAUUUAUUGCUGGAUUUAGCUCUGUCAUGAACUUUACAUUCACUCUGGGGGAUGGAGCUCAGUGGGAGGAGACCGACAGCCCUCGCUACUCACUGCUGGUGGAACAAAGGCAUCGAUUUAUGCUGGUCUAUGUAGCACAUUGCUUAAAGCAUACCGUGUCUCAUUAUUCAAGCACUAGAAGGUUGUAGAAAAACAAAGCAGUUAACCAUAAGCCUUGUUUGAAUGGACCUCUAGUUAAAUCGAGGAUGCAGCGUAAAAGCAAUAUUUUGAAUGUUAAGGAUUUGUAUCAACUCGCAUAAAAAAUGGAGUCUGUGACAUUUUCCCUGCUAGUUUAUCCAAUUAGCCUUAAAAGUGGAGAUGAUGACGAUGAUGAUGAUGAUGACAAAUUCUUUUGUAGCUUAGAACAUAUUAAGCUGAAUUAGAAUGAUAUGCCUUAUCGUUGCAUUUUUAUUUAUUUUGCAAAUCAGUGUUUGGGCCAAAUAUAUUUUUCAAAGAUUUUCAGAAGGUUGCUUGAAGUCAUGGCAUUAUUUUCAACCUCUCUCUGUUCGGAGUUCAGCGGAACAGUCAUGACAAUAACCAGUUACUGCAGGAGGUGCACAAACCCACCAUUGUUUUUGUUCAAAACCACAUGCAUCUUGAACCAAAUCUAUAGUAGUAUUCCCACACAUGCACUCCUCAUUUUGGGAUCUCUUCCUGUCCAAACACACCUGGUUCCACUGAUUACCAAGCCUUUGAUUAACUGGGGCAGGUGUGUCAGUGCAGAGGGAGAUUUCUAAUGUGUGGAGCUAUGGCUCCCCUGGAGAGCAGCAGUGGGAAACAUUAUUAUUGUCCAGUGUGGGUUUUUUUGUUUUGUUUUGUUUUGUUUUGUUUGUGUGUGGUGUACAAGAAAUGUGUGCUGUUAAUGCUGUAAAACUGUUACGACAC